GAGCACUCAUCUUUAAUACGGCUCUUGUUCUAACGCCCUUUCCGGUAAUCUAGCCAAUCUUGAUGCGAGAUCGGAUCGAUUUUAGGCUAACUUCUUUAUCGAUAAGCAUCCGUAGCAAUUGAUUGGAAACUUUUCUGUAAUUUUUCGACAAUUUUUGGUGGCAUGAUUUGAUAACUUCUCCAACGGAUCAAAUAAAUACUCAAUAAAUAAAUCAUUGAAUUGGUCGAUUUGACUGUCCUUUAAUUAGCUACUUAGUACCUAUAAGCUGAUAGUGCCCAAGAGGUAUUAAAUAGGUAUUUAAAGGGAUCAGUCAAUUCAGCAAACCUUCUUCGACUUCUUUUCCUCUUUUCCUCUUUGUCCGAUACGGCCAUAGCAUCGUAGAGUAGACUGCCUACUAGGUAGCUUCAAGACUACUUGUAAUAUGGCUUAUCGACUUCCUGCUCGGCGACUAGCAUCCAUUGGAGUGCGCAGUUUGUCUUCUCAGGCCACAGCGGCAUCCAACCUGUCGCAAAAGGUCCAAGACUCCAUCUCCCGCGAGGCUUCUUUACCAAAUCCUGAUCCGUCAGAUGACUCGGCGAGUGCAUCAUUAGUAAAGGAGCAUUCCAAGUUCAUGUUAGCAACCUAUGCCCGGCCACCUCCCGUGUUCGUCAAAGGCCAAGGUUCGUAUUUAUGGGAUUUGGAAAAUCGCAAGUACUUGGAUUUCACAGCCGGCAUCGCCGUCAAUGCGCUCGGUCAUAGUGAUCCUGGCGCGGUAAAGGUCAUCUCAGAUCAGGCUCAAACAUUAUGGCAUGCGUCCAACCUCUAUUACAACCCCUGGACCGGGGCACUCUCCCAACUUCUGGUCGAGAGCACCCUCGAGUCUGGUGCUAUGCAUGAUGCUGCCACCGUAUUCGUGUGCAAUUCCGGCUCUGAAGCAAACGAAGCUGCUAUCAAGUUUGCCCGAAAGGUCGGGAAGUCCGUAGACCCCUCAGGGGCAAAACACGAGUUCGUCUCUUUCCACGGCUCCUUCCAUGGACGGACCAUGGGAAGUCUUUCGGCAACCCCGAACCCAAAGUACCAAACACCCUUCGCGCCCAUGCUGCCAGGCUUUAAGUACGGGAACUUUAAUGAUAUUGGGGCUAUCAACGAUCUCGUGACCGAAAAGACAUGCGGUGUGAUAAUCGAACCUAUUCAGGGCGAGGGAGGUGUAAACGUCGCGAGCGAAGAGUUUCUCCUUGCCUUGGCGAAACGGUGUCGUGAAGUUGGCGCCGUUCUAGUCUAUGACGAGAUCCAAUGCGGCCUCUCGAGGACUGGUACUCUCUGGGCACACAGCCAAUUGCCUAAGGAGGCGCAUCCUGAUAUCCUAACGACCGCAAAGGCACUUGGCAAUGGCUUUCCUAUCGGUGCCACAAUAGUCAACAAGCACGUUAGCGAGACCAUGAAGAUUGGUGAUCAUGGUACAACCUUUGGCGGUAAUCCGAUGGCUUGUCGCGUCGCGCACUACGUCGUUUCGCAACUCGUAGAUCCCAAGCUCCAGCGAGAUGUCGUCUCCAAGUCCCAAGUCUUCAAGAAGAGGUUUGACCAAAUCCGGGAGCGAUACCCCGACCUAGUCGCCGAAGUCCGAGGGAAGGGUUUGAUUCUCGGUUUACAGCUGACCCAAGAUCCCUCCGCGAUCAUCAAGGCUGCGCGAGAAAGGGGGCUCUUGAUGAUCACUUGUGGCACCAACACGCUCCGAUUCGUCCCACCGCUCAACAUCAGCGAAGAGGAAAUUGAGAGUGGGCUGAACAUCCUAGAGGAGGCUAUCAAGGCAACUCGGUAAUAUUCACGUGAUGGAUUAGGCAAGGCGUCUAGGUUAGGGUUAUCCAAAAAGGAUGGGUCUUUUCUAAUGCUGGAUAAGAGAUGUCACGCAAUGUAUGUGUUUAUGAUUCUUAACGUAUGAUAGUUGAUAGAGUUGCAUAUACUCCCAAUUCGAUGUAA